AUGUCGUCAUACGCCAAAGAGCUCGAAGUCGCCCAGCUAGCCGUCCAGCGCGCUUCCAUCUUGACCAAGCGGGUCUUCCACGAGAAGGCCAAGGGCACCGUGUCCAAAGACGAUAAGUCGCCUGUUACCAUCGGUGAUUUUGGUGCUCAGGCUCUCAUUAUCAGCGCCCUCAAGGCAAACUUCCCCGACGAUGAGAUCGUCGCCGAGGAGGAGGCUGCUCAGUUGCGCCAGGACAGCAACUUAAGACAGACUAUCUGGGACCUGGUUAAGACCACCCAACUCUCCGACCCCGAAGCUGAGAGUCUGCUUGGCGGAGAGAUUGAUGACGAGGAGUCUAUGCUGACGAUGAUCGACUACGGCAACAGUAUAGGCGGCGCUAAGGGCCGCAUAUGGGCUAUUGACCCUAUCGACGGGACCAAGGGUUUUCUACGUGGUGGCCAGUACGCCGUGUGCCUCGCUUUAAUGGUGGAUGGAGUCGUUAAGGUUGGCGUUUUAGGUUGCCCGAACCUUCCAAUCGACGAUUCCGCUACGCUGACGGGGGGCAUGGAGUCCGGACAGACUGAUGAAGGCCGGGGUGUUCUAUUCUCGGGUGUGCUAGGCCAAGGCGCCACAAGUCGCCCAUUGACCACCGGCUCUCUUGUUAAGGAGAAGAGCAUCACUAUGAGAGCUAUACCCGAUAUCUCCGCCGCCACCUUUUGCGAGAGUGUAGAGGCCGGCCACUCGUCUCAUGGAGAUCAGGCUGAGAUUGCCCAGUUGCUUGGUAUAACCAACCCUAGCGUGAGAAUGGACUCCCAGGCUAAGUAUGCUUCUAUUGCAAGAGGUGCUGGCGAUAUUUACUUGCGACUGCCCGUCAGCGCGACGUACCAGGAGAAAAUCUGGGACCACGCUGCCGGCGACCUCAUCGUCCGGGAAGCUGGCGGUGCCGUAACAGAUAUCCACGGCAAGCGACUAGACUUCAGCGUUGGACGUACCUUAGCAAAUAACAAGGGCGUUGUAGCCGCGCCCGCUGCUACGCAACCCCAAGUGCUAAAAGCGGUCCAGGAGGUUCUCUCGAAGAAAUAA